UAGAUAGUUCGGUGCCGAUUGAAGAGAAGAGGACUGCGACGGUGGAAGACGUGGAAGACGUGGGCGACUUCCCCGACCCGGAUGAGGAUGACCUGGACGAUCUAGACGGUGAGUUUCGAAGGGACCAAUGCGACGCGAGUUGCCGUAGCUAAUCCUGGGGGCUUAGAUAUGCUCAAUGAAUUCUCGGCCGUCAAGAUAGAUCCCAAAAAGCCAGAACCGGCACCCUCCGGCCAGACCCAGCCCGCUGCUACUGCGGGAGCGGAUGACGAAGCCUUCCCCGAGGAUGACUUCUUGAAACACGUUCAUGAGACCUUUGCUGACUUGCGGGCGGAGUAUGAAAAAUCACCGGAGUUGCAGGCGCAGUUCGACGACUUCUUCAAGCAAAUUGGUGCCAUCGCAACAGCGAGCGCAGACCAAGACUCAAAGGGGCCUACCCCGCCAGGACCCGACACCAGGACUUCCGCAGGCACCAACACUUCCGCAGGCACCAACACUUCCGCAGGCGCCAACACUUCCGCAGGCGCCAACACUUCCGCAGGCGCCAACACUUCCGCAGGCGCCAACACUUCCGCAGGCGCUGCUGCUACCAGUGCCGAGGCUUCCUUUCAGGAGACGAUCCGACGGACGAUGGAGCGCAUGCAGGCGUCAGGGGAGCAGGCAACAGCGGCCGCCGCAGCGGAAGGGACGGACGACUUCAUGGCGGAAUUGCUCAAGCAAAUGCAGAGCGGCGGCCUUGACGGCGAAGGCAACGAAGAAGAAUUCUCCAAGAUGCUGAUGGGCAUGAUGGAGCAGCUAACCAACAAGGAGAUCCUGUACGAACCCAUGAAAGAGCUCCACGAGAAGUUCCCUGGAUGGAUGGACAAAAACAAGGACACAGUGUCCAAGGACGACUUGAAAAGGUAUGAGGAGCAGCAGGUUUUGGUCAGGGAGAUCGUCUCCAAAUUUGAGGAAGCGACAUAUUCGGAUUCGAACCCGGCAGACCGCGAAUACAUUGUCGACCGGAUGCAGAAGAUGCAAGACUCGGGGUCGCCUCCGUCAGACCUGGUAGGGGACAUUCCCUCUGCACAGGAUGCGCUCAGUUUGCCGGAGGAUUCCUGUAACCCGCAAUAACUGCUACCGGCUGGCUUCGGGAAAAGCGAACGCUUUGCGGGAUUAGUUUAGAUACCUUCUGCAUGUUUAAUACCGGCCAACAGUGAUACCUCAGAACCUGUUAAACCACCACACCCGGAAAUACUGGUGAUGACGCCAGAACUCCGACCGGUCUAGAUACCUUAGUGUACACCUCGCUCAACGAAGCAAGCUGAAGCGCCUCCAUCAAGACAUCUCCACAUCUUGGCAAUCGCCUGCUGUCCACUCACCCCGCGUUGGCGGCGGCGGUUGCUGCUGCUGCUGCCGCUGUUGCUGUAAUUGCUG